AUGAUCGCGAAAGAUCCUAGUUCAUUUGAGCCAAAGCAAUGGGAGAAAAUUCAUGCAGCGAAAAUUGCUGAGCAAACAGGUAGAAUCCCCAAAAACUGGACGCUACAGGAGGACAAAUUCCCUGCCGAUUCAGUGGCGGAUAUUCGCCCAGUCGCAGCAACCUGUGGUAUUCUUUCGGAUCGAGAACUGAAAAUCAGCGGCGCGGAAUACGACGCGACAGCCCUAGCCGCCGCCAUUGCUGCCGGAGAAUACUCUGCCGUUGAGGUUGCGACCGCAUUUGCCAAGCGUGCGGCGAUCGGACAUCAGAUUUGCAACAAUCUGACUGAGAUACGCUUCUCGGACGCGAUCGAAGAUGCCAAAAAGCUGGACGCCAUUUUCAAGGAGACUGGCAAGACGGUGGGACCACUCCACGGGUUACCCAUGACGUUCAAGGUGAGGAGAGCUGGUCUCAGGUUGGGCAGGCUGUUGAUGAUCGUUCAGGAAUGCUUCCAUCUCAAAGGUUACGAUGCAAGCAAUGGGUACAUAUCUCGCACUUUUGACGCGUCGACUUUCGACACACCUCUGAUCGCGCUGGUGAAAUCUCAGGGCGCCAUCGUUCUAGGUAAAACCAACACUCCACAAACGAUGUUGGUCGCUGAGAGCCACAACAACGUCUUUGGUCAAACCAAGAACCCAGUGGUGCGACACCUGACCUGCGGAGGUAGUAGCGGAGGUGAGGGUUCAAACAUGGCCUUCAGGGGUUCCGUUCUGGGCAUCGGCACCGAUGUGGGAGGGUCGAUUCGUAUCCCGGCAGCGGCAAACGGCGUGUAUGGCUACAAACCUUCCUUUGGGAUUCUGCCUAUGAUCGGAUACGCCGCUUCUGGCUGGGUAGGCGCCAACACGGGCGUUCCGGCCGUCUGUGGUCCUCUCGCAAACUCGGUGAGAGACCUUCGACUGCUUACCCGUGUGGUCCGAGAUGCAAAGCCGUGGCUUUUUGACCCUGCUGUCAUUCCUCAGAUCAUGGAACGAGGAACAGAAUCGAGAAAGCCGGUCGUCGGCGUGAUCCGGAAGAGCGGCUUGACACCCCACCCUCCCGUCUGCAGGGCCAUCAACGAAGCCACACAGCAGCUCACGGCGGCAGGAUUCAUCGUUAAGGAGUUUGUUCCCCCCGAUUUCAACGAGAUCAGAAUGAUCACUAAAGAGCUCUUCACGUUGGAUGGGUUGUCGUACCCCCGAGGCCAAAUUGAGAAGGCAGAAGAACCAGUCGUCCCAUCUGUAGAGGCGAUUGGCUUCUGGAGUAUUCCAAGGAAAUCCCACGAAGAGGCCUGGGCGUUGAACGCCAAAAAGUUGGCAAUCCAGAAACGAAUGCUCGACAGUUGGCAAGAGGCGGGCAUCGAUAUCGUCCUCGCUCCUGCCGGACCUCACACCGCUGUGCUGCCAGGAGAUUGGACCAACGACAUGUACACGGUCGCCUGGAAUGCCGUCGACUAUCCUGCUGUCGUGAUUCCAUUCACCACAGCGAACCCAGAGCUUGACCCCAUCGAUGAAGCAUUCAUCCCGAUGCAUGAACUUGACAAGAAGGUCCAGGAAUUGUAUGAUCCAAAAUUGAUGGCGGGCGCUCCGGUGGCCCUCCAACUUGUGGGUCGCCGACUUUGUGACGAGCAACUGUUACAAGAUGUUGAGGAGAUCGACGGCGUCUUGAACAAGUAG